AUGCCGCCAAGCGUUUCAACCGCGCAGAAUCUUCGGUAUCGCAUCUUGGUAGAACAUGCAUGUCUAGAUGCACAACUCCAAGAGUUACGGGAGGUGCUCGGUUGGUCAGAAGGUCAAGCAUGUCAAUCUGCAUACAGUCUUUCUAUGGAGCAUGUUAUCAGUAACCUGCAUUUUUCCAAGGAUGUUCUCUUUCCUUUCAAGCUACAGGAUGUAACUCUCCAGAAUAUCACCCCCUCGUGGCUCUUGGAAUACACAUCUACAAACGGCAUCAACCAGCCGAUACAGCUCACGGAGCAGAGCAUCCUCGAAGCUCUUGGUUUAUCCUCUGUGUUAAGUGUCACAAGCUCAAAGUUUGGAGAAGCCAGGAUGCCUCUUCAUUUGCCGGUGAAAAGACUUCUCAAGGAUCCAUCAGCGACGUCAAUCAAGACAUAUCCACCACCAUAUCACACGAUCAACCAUUCAGAGGCACUCCUCACCGCUAGCUCGCCGUCACUAGAAUAUACAAAGGCCUCUCUUCCAAAGAUGCGCCGUGCACACGGGUUUUCUUCUGUACCGUCUCCGCAACGUUUAGAAGCAGACUCAUAUUGGGUCCAGAACUUGAAAGAUAACAUAUCAGCCAUCAUGGAGACUAACUCGUACACCAGUCCCGAUAAUUCAGAGCAGCCCACCCCCAUCUUUGACUCACCUCACCAAGCACCUUCAACAGACUCGUCAGAUGCCGGCCCUGGCCAGCUAACAGAGGUCCUCAAGCACAGCUCUCUGGGAAUUCAUAGGGAUAUAGGGCACGAUUUAAAACCAAAUUACUACCAUCCAGUAAGCUUUUCUGCAGCACUAAGGAAAACGGCUCUGAGCUCAUCCGGCAACACCUCUCAGAAUACGCAAAGGCGCAGAUCUCCUAUAGCUACUUCGUCAAUAUUCAAGACUCUUCUUUCGAAGAUAGAGGCCAUUCCAGCGCUUCCUUCACCUGAGAUAACUGCAGUGACGCACUACUUGAAUGCGGAUCGGGUCAUCGUUCGCAGCACCAAGAAUGCGGUCGUAAAUGGAGUGAUUGAUACCAAAACUGAUCUAGACCAAGAUCUAGACCAGAUACAAAGGACAUUACAGCUUGGUCCACCGAAAGGAAAGGAUUCCAUGGAGUGCGAGCUCUUUUCCUUGCAACCAAUGGAGCCAUAUGACCCUGCACCUUUUGUACUCCCGGAACAAGCCCUUCAUGCAGCUACCCUUAGGCGUCACGGAACUUCUGAGCCUAUCUGCGUGAGUUCACUGGCAGUGGAAAAGGUGGCCGAGCUUCAAGCAAUCAACAAUGUGCCAUUUGUUGUUGGAUCUCUUAAGGCUACCUUCUUCAUGGGUGAAAAGCUGGCUCGGACCUUUCCUGUGCUACCCGCCUUUAAUAGACCGGGAAGCUCGUCCUUUGCCGCAGAUGCAGCUGUGUUUCCUGCCAUACAUAUGCUUGUUAACACUAUGGAGUACAAGCGACCACUCUCGAAAGCAAAGCUCAGUCAGUUUACACGAGCAGCAGUUAAACGGGUAUUCCAGAUCUUCACCUCUGUCCCUUCACAGCUUUUAACAAACCAAGACCCCGAAAAGUUCAUUCUAUCAUUUACCUCUUUUGAAGACAAAUGCGAGCUAUCUGGGAAGAGUAUUCUAACAGAACUUUAUAGUGGUAUUAGAACCAUUCCUGCGUCCCCUAUCGAUGCACAGCGUACUAGCGCCGUAUCUUCUUUACUCAAGCCGCCGGGGAUACAGGCCACACCAGAAGGCAUGCCCGCAGCCAAGGCUACCACCAGUCCUGCCAUUCAGGUGCUUCACCUACAUGCCGCGGCUGCUGAAUAUUCGCUAAAUACAGCAAUACCCCAACUAGCUGGGUUUCUCUCUACUGCAUCUGUCGAUCAAACGGCUGACUCUCUUCGCACCCAUCCAACGAUUUGCCACUUCCUUGUGGCUCUACUUGCCCAUCAGAAAAAUGACAGCUACAUAUCAUCCCCAUACUCCCACGCUUCUAACGAUCCUCUCUUUUAUAUGGAUGAGACUGGAGUGACCAGAACUCUUGACGAAUCCAUUGGUGAGUGCUCCAAGAUCCAAGGAAGAAAGUCAGCAUUACUGCCGCACAUUCUUGUGGCCAUACGCGAUACGUACACUCUUGUACCAAACCUGCUUAUCCCAGAAGGCGUGCCGGUGACAGAGGCGGUUCUGACCGCUCUCAACUACAUGACCUCUCCCUCUGCCGCACUGAUUGAUGAGCUGAUCCCACAGUGCAUCCAAGCCAACCAAGGCAAGCAACUAAAGUUCACAGCCACUGAAAGCCUUUUUGACUCUGCAGGAGGGACACCCUUUCAUGAGACAGGACCUCAGUUUCAUGGAUGCUUUGAUGCGCUUGAGCCAAGCGCCGUACAGAGCAGCGUGAUUGAUACGUCCAAGAAGAGCCACAGGUUGCCAGCAUCUCUUUCUAGCGUUGAGCCGCCACUAAAACAGUCAAAAACACCUUCUAAUCCUAGAAAUGAGUUAUUGUCAUCAUUUGUCCGUGCAAACACACUUCUCCAAGCCGCAAUCAGUAUUUGCUCUUCAGCUACAGGUGGACCUUCUCCAGCUCAAUUAGCACACGCUGUUUUGACUAACUCUUGCUCUAAAAACAUAGUUUCUACAGCCAGUCUAUUUAAGCAAUACAGAGAUUCUGUUGAUAACACGUUACUUGAUGAUCCUCUCACCGAUUCUUUGCUCACAAUGGCCCAAAACAGAACAACGAUCAAUCUAAUUCAACGAGACUACUUUGAAAGCUUCGCACAAUAUACAAUAACUCCUAUAAAGUUACAAGGUAUUAAGUACGCUGCAAGUGACUAUUUUUCAUUUAUUAGCGACUCUUCACAGCAUCUACGCAAAGCGGACGCAUCUCUGAAUUCAGCCUUAUCUGCCGCUGAUAGUAAGGGAAAGAUGGCCGGAGAGAAGUCCUUUGGAGAUGUGAAGCUGCUACUUCCAAUGACGGAGCCAUCAAAGGCGGCAAUUUUGGCCAUCACGUCUCCUAUGCUGGGCGAGUAUCGUUUGUUAGCCAACACGGGUGCUUCAGGUCCUACUUUUCCUGCUAACGCAACAUAUUAUGGGAUUGACAUUGCAGUAGUUAACGCUAUUGGAUACGCCGUCUCUUACUUGUUACUUCUCAGUUCCCACGAGUAUAAGCUUCUUCCCAAGACUUCUCCAGAUGAGCUGAUGACUCCCCAAGCGUCACACCUUUACGUACAAACACGUAUCAAUGCCGUUUCUCGCGUUAGACAGGAUAAGAAUACCACCCUUUCAUUCAUCAAGGAGGCCUCAUUUCAGUAUACAAACGGAGAAACACUGGCGUAUAGAGCACAGGAGAAAAUGCGAUUCUACCUGCUGCCUAAUUACCCCUUUGUAUAUGUCAUUCGGGGACACAGGGUCCCGGUCGUUCCCAUCCAGAGGUCGCCUACGCAACGGUUACCAGAUAUACCUGCAAAUCCAUCCAUUCUACCGAGAACCGUUUCGAAGGCCUUUGUUGUGCGUGACGCACUGGCAAGGCUAGCGGGUCGAUUUGGGACAAUUAAUGAUGUUUCGGACACUUGUUGUGAUAGUGGCUUCUACUUUCAUCAGGAUGACCCAAAGCUCACGUCGGCAAUAUCAACAAUUCUUGAUAGGCUCCACCAGGUCUUUUAUGACAAGGAAGCAGAGCGUAAGGUCUGCACUUACAUUUCGGCCAUGAAACUGUGGAUCUACGUUCAUGGGAAAGUGGAGCUGUUCUACGAUCCGGCCCUCCGGAAGGACAAUCGAUACUCCGAUUCAUAUCCUCAUGGUCUAGACAAUAUCUAUCAACGGGGAAAAUGA